AUGGCGACCCCCUACGCAGUCAAGAUUACCCCCGAGAAUACUGGUCUCUGGCACUUUGACCAGACCGAGGCAGCUGCCAACAAGGCCACGGAACUUUUGACAAAGGAUAUUGAAAAGCACCAUGUCUUUUUCAACGAUGAUGGUUUUCACAACCAUAUAAGCCACCAAAUCUUGGCCCUCUACGGCACCGGCGCUUCAGCCCAGGAUCUAGUCAGUGGCUAUAAAGAAAACGAGGGCUAUCAGCGCCCUGCCAUGAAGGCGCAUUCCCAAACUCUAAUCGAUGAGUUACGAGACUGGGAAAAGGCCAAGAAGCGCCUUGGCAAGGGACAGUAUUACACGGAUUGGCUACACUUUUUCCAGCACGAGAUUGAACAUCAUGGCUCCUGGCAGAAAGUGCUCGCCGAAUACAUGUUCAAGGAAAACGAUGCACGUUCCGAGGACAUGCAGGUUCGCAUGUUUGCGGGUUUCGUUCACCCACUGAUCCAACUCAUGUACGGCGUGGAAUGGGACCAACCCGCCAUCGUAGCCAUGGCCCUGGCCCAAGCCUGCGUGCACUCGGACCAGUUCCACGAUUUCAUGAUGGAAGCCGAGACGCGCGCCCACGAGUCGGCCACCACGCCCAUGCCGCGCAUCGGCGAGCUCCUGCGCGACGCGGCCGCCGACCGGGACCUCGUGGCCUCGCCUCGCCUCGACGACGGCAACAAGGUCCGCGACGGCGUCCUCGCGCGGGCACGGGACUCGGCCAUGCGGCUCGCGGCGCGCGUCCGCGUCAUGCCCGAAGAACUCGAGGAGCGCACUGCCGAAAUGUACAAUGCAGCCAUUUAUAUUGCCUCGGCAGCCGCUCUGCACCACAACAAGAACGGGGGUGGCGAAAAAGACCCCAAGUAUGAAUUCUUUCUCAUGCAUCACGUCAACGUGAACCCCAUCUUCAUCACCCUCAACCGGCAGGACUGGAUCCCCAUGCCCCUCAAGGUCCGUUUGCUCGAGUGGAAGAUUCGCAUGGACCUGAUACAGUACACGGCGCGCGGGUCGCCUGAUCUUGACCUCGACCGCAUCCGCGCAUACGUGCCCACGGCCUCGAACCCGGGCCCGGCCGCUGCUUUGCUGCCGCGUAUGCACGCUUUUGUCGACGAUGGGCAUGCCAUUAAGUUGUUCCGGGCCAUUGGUAUCGGCAGAGAAGUCAGCAAGCCCUACGAGCACAAGGAGUGGAUGAUUAUCAAGGGAGACUUAUGGGAUCAGAUUGCCCACAUGGUUGUCGACUCGGUCGAAGCUCCUGGUCCCACCUGGGUUCGAAAUGCCGGAUUUGAUGAGGCGUGGCAGGAUGUCCGAGACCGACAGAACAAGAAGGCAGUUGCUGCGCAGCAGCCUCUAGCAGAGUAA